GAAGAUAUCGUUGGUCUCUUUUACUUAAUUAAGGGCUGUUUUUGGCAAUAAGUUUAUAGUUAAGAAGUGUUCGCAUAGAUUUGUGGCAAUGUAACACAUAUAGCUUUCUCAUAGCCUUUCCACUGAUGUCGUUGCUUUCUAAGGGAGCCGGCAAAUUAUCACCAUGUCAUGGAUUCGAGAUAAAGAAUUGUCUUUAAUUGAACGUCUGUGCGCGAAUGUACUGAAGGCAGGUCCAAUACCUAAGCAUGUUGCUUUCAUUAUGGAUGGGAACAGACGCUAUGCCAAGAAGUGCCAUGUGGAAAGACAGGAGGGUCACUCACAAGGCUUUGAAAAACUUGCUGAGACCCUGCGCUGGUGUUUAAACUUGGGGAUAUGCGAAGUGACCGUGUAUGCAUUCAGCAUUGAGAACUUUAAGCGUUCAGCAGAGGAAGUGGAAGGUCUGAUGGAGCUGGCUCGGCAAAAAUUUGCCCGUCUACUGGAGGAGAAGGAUAAAUUGAAGAAACAUGGUGUAUGUAUCAGAGUACUGGGUGAUAUGACUUUACUGCCACUGGACAUUCAGAAAUUAAUAGCACAAGCUGUGCUGGAAACCAAGGACUACUCUACGUGUUUCCUAAACGUUUGCUUUGCUUAUACAUCAAGACAUGAGAUCAGUAAUGCCAUACGAGAGGCAGCCUGGGGAGUGCAGGAAGGACUGCUAGAUCCAAGGGAUGUAUCAGAGUCUCUUUUGGACCAGUGUCUCUAUACUGCUAAAUCUCUAGAACCUGACCUUCUCAUCCGUACUUCUGGAGAGGUUCGCCUGAGUGACUUUCUUCUGUGGCAGACGUCCCAUUCCUGCUUGGUAUUUCAAUCUGUACUGUGGCCAGAGUAUACCUUUUGGAACCUCUGUGAAGCUAUUUUGCGUUACCAAUACAACUACAGUAACAUCCAAAAAGCCAGGGAGCUGCAUCAUCGACAGAGUGCAAGGUUACAGCUAGAAAGUGACCAAUCCUGGGUGCAGGAAAAUCUGUGUAAUAAAGAGUACUCUACUGCAGAAGAAGACCUAAUUCUCUGCCAAAAGUUACUGCAGAAAUGUAAAGCUGAGAGGGAAGAAAGGACACAGAAUUUUAUAUGUGCCCUGGAGAAGAAAAGAACUGAUCUCCUUCAAGCACUCUGUGCAUCAUAACAGGGAAGUGGCCAGAGAUUGUUGGGUUUAGAACACUACAGUCAUAUAUAUGUUUGUGUUCUACCGAGGACAUCCACUAACAUCUUACAUCUGCUGUGCAUAGUCCAGAAGCAGGAAAAGCAUACUCCGUCUCUGCAAAGUGGAUGAUUUGGGAAAGCAAUGGUCCCAGAUACCUGUUCCAUUUCAGAUUUGCCUCAGAUAAUCCAUCUGAAGGUAUAGAAAGUGAAAGAAUGGGUUUAGUAUGGGGCUGUUAACAUUUGUAUCUGGCCAUAGGCAGCUGCUUAUCCCUAAUCCUGGCUCUUCCAUGUUCAGUUUUAACCAACACAGUCUGCUCUUAAGGGACCUAUAUAGUGGGUAUGUUUUAGUACAUAUGUCCAAUUAAAUGACAUUCAGCAUUUAUGCUGAGUUAAGUCUUCAACCUUUAUCCUGUUUGCUAAUUUCCUUAUUGUUGUUAUUUGGAAGUGGCCAAAUAUCUUUAAUAGCCACAUGCUCUAUACCUGUUCUUAAACCUGUCCCAAACCACUGGGUGUCAAACUUUUUAAGAUCAAACCCCACUACAAAUUCCAACAGCCCCCUAAGACCAUGAAAUGAGUACAGAUAUAGGAAAAUAAAAGUAUUGUUUUUAGUCAUAGUUUUAAGAGUAAGCAAGAAAUCAAAUGCAUAUCACUUAAAAUCUCACCUUAAUUUACCUCCAGGCUGGGCUUUCAAGUGUAUCUAUAACAGCAAAUGAACAUUCUCACCGUAACUGGCCUUUAGACUGAGCCCCCCCUGCCAGUGCUGCAGGUCAUGACCUCACAGGGGCAAGUCCCACAGUUUGGGGACAACUGCCCUAGACAAUAAGUUGAUAGGUAAUUCUGACUGACAACUUGGCUGUCAUGUAGAUAUUUUGAAUUGUGCAUUGCUGGCAUCCUUGUCAAAGAGAAUAAUUUACUUAGAUCUCUUUUUUUUUCACAACAUUUGCAUACUCUUCUUAAAAUUACAUUUUUUAGGACAGUUAAGCAUGAAGCUAAGUCAGCAGCACAUAUCAUUUAGAAUUGCAUCGCCUGUAUUAGUAAGAUGUUUAGUCCAUCCUAUAUACUUCCAUAGAAAAAUAAAGGGCACAGGUUUUAA